UUAACAUCGUUCAUAAUUAUCCAUACGUCGCAGUCAAACGGUUUUAACAUCUUUACUGCGGAAACUUACACUUAUCUACCACGUUUCGCAAGUAAAUUAUAAGUUUACAAAUUGCUUCAACAGUGACGUAACGCUAUGGAGAGGUGUGUCUGAUCACUUGAAGACGGGUAGCCCUACGUUGAUAAUGCCUUAUUGCUACGCACCCGGGUGCAAUCAUAUUUCUCGAAGAGAAACCUGCAGUUUCUUCAGAUUUCCUGCCGAUACAAAACUAUUUGAGGAGUGGAAAGCUCUUUGCCCGCUUAAAGAGAAGGAGCCUACUAAUGAAGACCGAUUGUGCAGUUGCCAUUUUAUUAAUGGCGAUAAAGCAAAUUUGCCAACCGUAUUUGCAUAUAGUAAUGCAAGCAUUGAAUUCUCUGCAUCAACAGAAACUAUUGUGGAAAAUGCAACAUCAAAUGAUUUAAUGGAUCAGCAAACAACAAAAACAGAUGAGUGGGAGUGCAGGGCUUGUCUUGAGAAAGCUGGUCCUACCACAAGCCUGGUCAAUCUUUUUGAUGCUUGGUCAUCACCGUGGGAAGGAAUGGAGAGUACUGUAGCUGAAGACCUUGCUAAAGUUGGACAUAUCAAGCUAUCAUCAACAGACCAACAUUCAAAGUUUAUCUGUAACUCUUGUUACACAAAACUUCAAAAUGCGUGUACUUUCGCUGCAGUUGUACAAAAAAGUGAUAGAAUUCUUAGACAGAGGUUCCCUCAUACAGAUCUAGACCCGGGUGAUACCACCGUGUGGCCCAAACCUAUUCAACUAGACCAAAAUGUAAAUGAUACUGUUUUUGAAAUUCCCAUGGAUAUAGAAAUUAAACAGGAAGUUCUGUCUGAUAAUGACUAUGGUGAGAAUGGAAAUGGAUGUUCGGAUUCACAAUACAAGGAGUUAGCAGAUGCAGAAAUAAAAAUAGAGCCUGAGGAAUGGAUAAGACCACAACCUAUUAAGAUCAAUGGGACAUUUUCCUACCAUGAAGGAACUGAGCAUUCUGCAAAUGGAAAUGAAAUGCUGGAAGAGUUUUUAGAUGCACCAUUGAAAGAGGAGCCCACUAGUGAAGCAGACUCUGACUCGGUACCUACUGACCUUCCUCUGGAGUGUAUGCUGUGCGCCAAGUCAUUCCACAGUGUAUCUGGGCUGAAGGCUCAUGUGAUAGCACAACAUUCCUAUAAAUCAGUAAAAAGAAAGACGGGGGGAAAACAAUCGCCAACAAAGAAGAAGGAUAAAUACGUGUGCUCAACAUGUAGACGAAAUUUUGUAACAUCUACGGAUUUGAUGGUUCAUGAGACAUGCCACAACAAAGCUAUAUGCUACGGCUGCAACCAGAAGUUCGACUCAUUCGAACAGUUAUCCAGGCAUAGAGUGCGCUGUAAAGUUAUCACCACACAAGAUCUACCAAGGCCCAAGACCCUGGAAGAUGUAAAACGGAUAAUAGCUGAGGAACACAAAACCACUGAUGAUGACGAUUUGCCGAAGGAACAACUCGAGUGUCACCUCUGCACAGAGAAGUUCAGCGAUUCAUACUACAUGAGAAUCCACCAAGAGAUCCACCACAGCAGCGAGCAGCCCGAGCCGGCCGCGGCGCCGCCGCCCGACGACGGCGCGCCCCACAUGGACCCCGCCACACUUGAGAGCAUAUUCAGUGAAGAUAAAUAAACUCGACGUAUGGACCACAAUUCUCAUAAAUUAACUAUACGUACAUAGUUAAUUGUUUUACAACGAGGCAAAGUUGUUGCUAACUCCUCGUGCUAAUAUUGCCGAUUCCAGAAUGUGUUCUAACAGUGGAGUCUUGAGCGUUGCAAGGGUUUCAGCGCAUGAGGGUUAAACAAACUGUGCUACCUACUGAAUUGAAACACAAUUUUUUUACCAUAUUAACAAAAACAUAAAAAAAUCAAACCCAAAUGAAGGCUAUUAAAUAUUUAUCAUUCGUCAUCACUUAAAAAUCAAUUUCAGCAGCCAACAUGAGGUAAAAUCAACUCAAAAUUUGUAUUUAGUUACUUUGCUACUCUUGUGGAUAAAAUGUAUAAGUUAGUUUUGAAUUAUAAAGAGAACCUUUACGAGCUGCUGUGGUGAAAAAUAUUUAUCUCAUUGUAAAUUGUUGUGACUGUUCAUUAGACGGUUUAAAUUAUGCGUAAAGGACUGGUUUAAUGUUAGCUAAAGUUGUUGAUUGUUGAGGUGUGGUUUAUAAGACUGCGCUGCGCAUAGUUGGCGCUAAGUUAUAUACAUGGAGGUAAAGCCCUAUGGUUAAACUCAGCGGUCGGUAACCUUUUAGCAGUCAAGGGACACAUAGUAAGUAACGAAGUUGACGCGGGCCGCACUUUGUUAAUAUUUGUGACUUUAUCAGUCAUUGUCGUUUGUCAAUAUUACAUACAAAAUAGCCAGGGAGGUUCGCGGGCCUCAGCAGAGGUUCGCGAUUCAGUUAGACCAGCGGGCCGCCUGUUGCCGACCGCUGGUUUAACUGAUAGCUUCACAAAAUACUCGUAAAAGUUUCAAUUCAUAUCUGUUAGAUCUCAAUUCUAAAGUGCGAAGACUAUGGUGAGACAUACUCGUACAGUAGGUACUUGGUGCUGGUGCCUAAUAAAAUACAGACGCCGAGAGGAGGCGUAGUUUAAUUAUUUCGAACAAAAUGCGAUGCUAGAAGUGAAUCCUUUAAUGCGGUUCCAUAAUCGACUGUUCACUGCCAAGGACACUAAUCUGUACAUUGUGUAUUGGAAAAGGGGCGCUUGGCUCCAGUCGCCUAUAGGGCCUCCCAGAGGCGAAUUUGCCCACGGCUAGAUUAGUUCACGCUACGCCACUGUUUAGCACUGAAAGUGUUAAUUACAUUAAUUACGCUACAUUGGUACGAAAAAAGUGAUUGUAUAAUAUUAUGUAUGUAGAUAUAAUGUGCGACUAUUAUACCAGUGUUUUAAUUGAAUUCCGUUAACUUCAGGGUCUGGGUAAUUACGUUUAAGGAAACUAAAUACCAUAGUUAAUUUUUUUAUUAAUGUUGCAUAAAACGUUAUUGUUGUAACACGGGCAUUACAUUUAAUUCAACCAUAAAUUGAAAACUGUGACAUAAUGACAUUUUGAACAUCAAUCGUCCGAGAUAGUACUUAGGUUUAGUAGAAAAUGUAUAAACUCGUAACUAAUCAAUAAGUAAACAGGCCCUAAGGCAAGUGCACACGCUCGUGUGGGCAUUAACAGAUAAAAUUUCAUUGUAGAUUAUCUCCGAAAUGGAGUUAAUUAGAAUACCGGUGUCUUUGAAAAAAUUACUAGAUUUAAGUUUAGGAAUACUUACACCCUUGAAAUUAACGGAUAUAAAAAAGACGGUAUAAAUCCUACUGUAUUGAUUUUUAAUUUUAUUCUUUUAACUACAAAUUUUAUUGUCAUUUUGUGUAAUAAAUAAUGUAUCAAACUUAUAAAUCGUAAAGCUAUUUUGAUCAUGAAGAAAAACGUGUUAAUAUUUCAUCUGGUAUUUUACUGUGAUUAUUAUAAAUUCUCAUUGUCUGUAUUUUGCAGUUAUACAUUAUAAUCAUAACUAUGUAGGUAUGUAUUUAUUUAUAUUGAAAAUUUAUUUAGAUUGAAGUCACAAAAAAAUA